GACGUCCGCCAUUUUGUUUUGUUUCUCGUCUUGAGUUUUUCAUAUCCUCCAAACUGACGCGAUUUUUACCGAUUUGUAGGAGUUUUGGAGACCGCUUACUGCCAUAUACCUACAGACAUGGAGGAGUUCACAUUUGUGCCUCCCGUUAAAGAGCUUCAUGCGGAACAAACUGCGAACGAGACGCACAUCAAAGAGGAGGAGACAGGAGACACUGGAUGGCAACAGGAUGGACAAGAGAACGUGCUGUGCCAGGAAACGUACAGUGAGGACCAGGAAACAUACGACUACCAGCCAACCGGACGUCCUUGGAACGAGACAUACAACAUUUGGGAGCAAACAACAGACGCGAGACGGCAGCAGGACGGGGAAAGGGACGUUCCAAACCACGAAACGUGCGGUGUAAAAGCGGAAAUAGAAGAGUCCAGCUUUAAACAUUCUACUGGAGAACUGUGUGCUGGGCAUCCUGGGAAGAAGACGUACACUCCUGGACAUCCUCUGAAGGAGAGUGACAGCAGGGAGACCCAGACAACAGACAUGGGCCUGCAGCAGGAAACGUGUGAUGUGAACUUUCCCCAACCUGACAACACAUCAACCUCACAGGUACAGGAGAGCAGAGACAAUAAUGGAAAGCAUGUUGUUGAAUACACCGGUGAGAAACCCUACAAGUGUGGGGAGUGUGGGUACAGGGCAGCUUAUAGGUCUCUCCUAUCCCGACAUAUGAGAGUCCACACAGGAGAGAAACCCUACAAGUGUGACCAGUGUGAUUAUUCUGCAGCACAAAAAUCCAAUUUGGACCAACACCUAGAAAAACACACUGGUGAGAAACCCUACAUGUGUGGGGAGUGUGGGUUCAGGGCAACUUACAAGUCUACCCUAUCAACACACAUGAGAAUCCACACAGGAGAAAAACCCUACAAGUGUGACCAGUGUGACUAUUCCGCAGCACAGAAAUCUACUCUAGACAUACAUCUGACAAAACAUAUCGGUGAGAAACCCUACAUGUGUGGAGAGUGUGGAUACAGGACAGCUAACAGAUCUCACUUACCCAAACAUAUGAGAACUCAUACAGGAGAAAAACCCUACAAGUGUGACCAGUGUGACUACUCCGCUGCACAGAAGCGCCAUUUGAUCGAUCAUCAAACAAGACAUACUGGUGAGAAGCCCUACAUGUGUGGGGAGUGUGGGUACAGGGCGGCUCAAAGAUCUAGCUUAUCCCGACACAUGAAAACACAUACAGGAGGAAAACUCUAGAUGUUCGAGGAAUGGGUACUAGGAUAACUCAGAUGUCGAAAGAGCCAAGCAUAUAUAAUAACCUACAGAGGAGGAAAACCAUACAACUGUUAUCAGUGUAACUACUUUGCAGCUAGGAAAUCUCACCGUCAUCUACCUUUCAUAUAUACCAAAGACAUGAGAAAGAAACUGAAUCCACAACGUGUGACAAAUAUACAGCAAACAGCUUUACCCACCUACACAGUUUAUAUCCUUAAUAUACUUGUAGUAUUUGACACCCUCUGUCAUGCAAAAUGCAUCCAUUUUCAUGCAAGUGCAGCGAGUUGGUUCGGGUAAUUUUUUGCCAGCCCCUCCACUAUACUAAAAAAAUCUGGGGAGAACCCUGUUGUUGUCUUAAUCUGUACCUGGGCCCGAGAACUACUCUUUGGUAAGGAAUUCUACACGAGAGGCAGACAUGUCCCAGUGACCCUCGCUUAUGAUAACAACUUUAU